AAUAGUUUCAUCUUUCCCCUUAUAUGAAGCUUCUCCCUUUAUCGUUCUCACUACUAACUAAAACAUUAACUUCAAAUUCAUUUCCUCCAGAGUCAACUCGGGAUAAACUAAAUGAACUCGGAAACGCUACCCUCCACGUCGUCGUUUUGGUGCUAUAGUUGCACCCGUUUCAUUAACCUCUUCGACCUAAACGACGUCGUUUGUCCUCACUGCCAAAGCGGUUUCGUCGAAGAGGUUCAAGCCGGCCAAUCUCCCGCGGGUUCUCUCUUCGCCGACGGUAUUCAAGCUUCCAGAAGACAAGGCCUACGCCGGAGACGCCGCAACGCCGGCAACCGCUCGCCUUUCAAUCCCGUUAUCGUUCUCCGUGGACAAGGGGAUCAAGACGGUGGCGGAGAAACCGAAGGGAGUAGCUUCGAAUUGUACUACGACGACGGAAACGGCACCGGUCUCCGUCCACUUCCGCCGACUAUGUCGGAGUUAUUGCUAGGUUCUGGAUUCGAUCGGUUGCUUGAGCAAUUCUCUCAGAUCGAGAUCAACGGUUUUGGUAGGGCAGAGAAUCCGCCGGCGUCAAAGGCGGCGAUAGAGUCAAUGGCGACGGUUGAAAUCACCGAUGAAGAAGUAGAAUCCGAGACACAUUGUGCGGUUUGCAAAGAAGCAUUCGAACUUGGUUCGGAGGCGCGUAAGAUGCCGUGCAAACACCUUUACCAUUCCGAUUGCAUUCUCCCUUGGCUUUCGAUGCGAAAUUCGUGUCCCGUGUGCCGCCACGAGUUGCCUUCCGAUCAAAACUCAUCGGAGACUAGAAUUUCCGGUCAGAUCGAUGAAGAAGCGGUUGGAUUGACCAUAUGGAGGUUACCAGGAGGUGGAUUCGCCGUUGGGAGAUUCAUCGGCGGUCGAAGAGCCGGCGAGAGUCACUUGCCGGUGGUGUUUACGGAGAUGGAUGGCGGUAAUAAUUCAAAUGAAGGAUCUAGAAGAAUCUCUUUGGCAGUGGGCAGUAACGGAGUUAGAGAGAGACGUGGAAUUCGCAGAAUUUUUGGGAAUUUCUUAUCCUUUUUUGGAUCCGUUAAUUUAAACCGUAGCUUUUCACGGAGAAGAAGAUGAACUUUGGUCACGGAAGAAUUAUUUGGUUUCGUUUGGGAUGAGGUUAUUUUUUGGAAAAAAAAUUAUUAUUUUUGCAGUUUAAAAUUCUUAAUGUAAAUACCAAAUAGUGUAGAAUUGCUAUUAUUUAUUUAAUUAAUUAUAAUUAUUUAGUUGAUUCCUUUUAAGAUUGUUAGUUAUAUCCCAAUUUGAUUGACAUUCUUUUGAAUUAGUGUUAGUUUUAGGGUGUAAGAUGCAAGUUGUACUUGUAUCAACAAUAGCAAAAUGAAUUAUAAUUAUUAUUCUAA